AUGGUUGUGUCGAUGACGCAUAUUCGUAUGAAAGGCUCAUAUUCGUCAUCAAUACCACCUACACCUGCUCCAAGAAAAUGUCGAUCUGCUCAACAACAUGAUAUUAAUCAAAAUAAAAUACAGCUACCACGACUCAUUCCCUAUAGCACACUACAUGACAACAUUAUUUGGCUUGACCUGUUCGUAAAUGAGCGUAACUUAGCGUUUGCUAAAGAUAUGAUCGCAGCUAAUAGAUUACAUGUUUUUAAUGCGGCUUUUGAUUGUAUCGAUGACUUUUUAGGCUCACGUCGUCAACAAUGCAGCUUAACAACCAUGAGAGAUAUUUAUUCAGUGAUUAUCUCGGGAGCCUAUGCAACGAAUAUACAAGUAAUUGAUCAAUUGUUGAAGUAUGAUAUUGUUGAUCAAAUUUGUCUGAUUGUCAAUGAAUGUUACUAUGAAAAUCUUCCUGAUCUAUGCUCUUCGAAUCACAGAGUCAGUGUUAUUUAUAAUGAGAGCCCUGAUAGAGUCAUGCGUCACUUAUGUGAUGAUUAUUCAGAUUUUGAGACAUUUAGAAAAUAUAACAAAGCAUUCCGUAAAACAGCAAAGAAUCCAUUUGAUAGUCGAACGGCGAAUUAUGUAUUUAAAGAAAUAGUGAAUCAUAAAAUUGGUUAUUCUUAUCAUCGGGAUAUUUAUCCUAACGGUGCAUUCGCAAAUCUGAUUGAAAGUACGAAACAUUGGCGUCCAACUUCGUUUGAAACAUCUGACGAAAUCUCUUCCGAUUCGGACCAUAAUUCGUCUAUAAGAAGAGUAACAUUUUCUGAUACAAUACAAACAAAUCAACCGAAUGACAAGCAAUUGAUUGAAAAUACAAAUGAUAUAUCGCCUGUACAAAACAACGUAUUUUCAUCGUUUGAUGAUCUACCAUCAAGCCAUAAACAAAAGUCAAAAUCGAUUGAAUCAUCUCCCGAUCAUUUGAAUGAUGUCUUUGGUCACAAAGAACUUGAACAGAUUAACGAAGUAAGUGUAUCACUGUUUUUUGUUCUCUUUUACUUUUUUAUAUUAAGUUUUGCAUGA